UUUGUGAGUGUCUUACUAUUAUUAUUAUCAUUAUAAACUGUUUUUUAUUUUAUCAUAAAAACGACCUUACUAUUGGUCAUCAUUUCAAGCCUCACGUUUCAUUGGCUCUCUGUUUAGUCAGUCAUUACUUUGAUCAUUUUCUUACUUCUUAUUACACUUAUAAAGCAGCUCCUCUCGGCUUACUGUCACAUUCCUUCGCGACCACUCGCAUCGUUCACACACUUGUAAUUAUUAUUAUUUUUAUUUACAUUUUUUUUACUGUUUGUUAUCUUUGUUUUGGUUUCCUCAGUUAAGAAAUCACUCUAUUGACAGUUAAUAUUUAUCUAACUUCGCUAAUACACUUGUUUAUACGUCACAGCGACUUUGCUAGACCGGAAAUAAUAAGUGAGUAAAUUUAUAAAAAAGUGAUUUUGUAUAAAUAAGUAAUGCCUUUCCUGGAGACUAUGAAUGGGCAUGGACGUGUCGAUAAACCCAACGAAAACGAGUUUCUCAAGACUGUUGUUAAACAUGUUCCUCAUUCAACAUAUACAUUUGAAGCAUUACAAGAAACAGCUCAAUUUUUCCUUGAUCGUACAUCGAUAAGGCCUAAAAUCGGGAUUAUUUGUGGUUCUGGAAUGAGAGAGUCUGAACAUAGUGAGUUGUGUCCAGGUUCGAUCGCCGAAUCACUGACCCACCAGCAAAUCUUUCCCUACGAGGAGAUUCCACACUUUCCCAAGUCCACGGUCAAGGGUCACGUAGGCCAGAUGGUCUUUGGAUAUCUCCAAGAUGUUCCGGUAAUGUGCAUGCAAGGAAGGUUUCAUUACUACGAGGGUUAUCCUCUAUGGAAGUGCGCGAUGCCAGUUCGAGUAAUGAAACUUAUUGGUGUAACUCAUCUGAUCGCAACGAAUGCCGCCGGAGGGUUGAAUCCAAAUUUCAAAGUCGGUGACAUAAUGCUCGUGCAAGAUCAUCUCAAUAUAAUGGGAUUCGCUGGUAAUAACCCCCUCCAAGGACCCAAUGACGACAGGUUUGGCCCGCGAUUCCCACCGAUGAAUAAAGCUUAUGAUCGAGAGCUUCUUAAAGUUGGGAGAGAAGUUGCUGAAGAAAUGGGGAUAUCAGAUAUCGUACAUAAAGGAGUUUAUACUUGUCUUGGCGGACCUAGUUUUGAAACAGUUGCUGAACUUAAAAUGUUGAGAAUGAUCGGAGUUGAUGCUGUUGGCAUGUCAACGGCACACGAAGUGAUAGCCGCACGUCACUGCAAUCUGACUGUCUUUGCAUUUAGUUUAAUAACAAAUCUCUGUGUCUACGAUUAUGACUGUCACGACGAAGCCAAUCACGAGGAAGUCAUGGACGUCGGAAAAUCUCGGCAGCCAGUACUUGAAGAAUUCGUUCGUCGUAUGGUUCAAAGAAUCAAGCCCUUCGUCACUCAAAAUUAAAUUUUAUUUAUUAAACAUUUUCCAUAACUUUUUCGUUAUUCACGCAAAAAAAAAUUUUUUCACGGUAAAAAAUUAAAUGAAAGCAUUUGAUUAUAAAUAAUUCCGUAUUUUUUAUGACUGCCGAUUUACUAAAGAAUAAAAUUUUAUUUUUUUAUUAUUGACUAUUCUAUAAAACUAAUACAAACAAAAGACCAUUAAUAUAAAUUUAUUUUACUACAUAUGGCCAUUUUGCCCUUGGUGACUUGAAAAUACUGUAUAUUUGAAUGUAGAUGUAGAAUGGGUAUAGUAUUUUAUAUCGAAUCGGAUUCUACCUGGUGGCAUCCCAGCGGGUUCGAGGAAAAUAAAAAACAAAUAAAACAAAAGAAGGACCCUCGUAAAUGGUAUUUAAUUUAACGCAUGAGCAGGUGGUAGCUGGGGAAAAAGGCGUAGAUAGUACGACUUUAAACCAGGAGUAGAGUACCAACCAGACGACAUAUAAAGUAAGUGAUGGGGAAGAUAGAAAAGACGCGAGAGAAGUGACGGUAACAAAGAAACGGAAAGCGCCGUUAAAAAAAAAGGAAACACGAGAAGGAGACUCGAAAAUUAUCGCACGUUAUUUCUUUACUAUUUUGCUUCUUUUUUUUUUUUUUUUUUUUUCAUUUUUUAUUUCCCCGAAGACAAGAGCGAUGGGGUGGUUUCCGUGCGACGAGCUUACGAUCCGUAAAGUCUCACCUUAUCUCAAUUCAGUCUCACUGCACCCUGUUCAUCUCUAUACUCUCUUUCGUACUAUUCGAUCCUAUCCUCACUGAUUCGCUCCACGUACAGUUGACUUGAUAAGAAGAAUAAGAUAACUACGUAACACUGAUUACUUCCAAUCGGUUUUUAUUUAAAUUUCUUUAUGCCAAACAGAAUUAUCAUUAUUUUAUCUUGUAAUAUUUUUAUUACGACUUUAAAUUUUAAUCGUCUUUUUUUUAAGCUGCGCCUUUUCCGGGUCUGUAAAUCUAUCGACAGUCGUGAACGAUAAAUUCAUAUACUUUUUAAUCCUACCCUAUAUUUCUCUAUAUACUUUAUGAUAUAUGACUAUAUCUUUGUCUUAAAACUGGUAUUUGAUCAUUCUGAGACUACGCCUUCAACUCAAACUUGUUCCGGUUGCCGUGAAUUAAAUUACUAUUUGACAAGUACGAAAACUUACUGCCAUUACUUUUAUAUUCUAUUAUAAGCUUAGAAAUUAUUAUUUUUAUAAUUAAUUUUCAAAAAUAUUAUAAACAAAAUUUCCAUUAAAGAUAAAAUUGAAAUAACUCAUAAAUUAUCAAAUCUACGAAAAAAAUUAUCGAGUACUUUUUUGUAGGAAAUUUAAAUCUCUACAAAUUCAUUUCUAUACAAUUUUAUCGUAUCUUUGAUAGAAAACCCCGAAUUUUGAUUUUUAAGUACGUAAUUUAUGAAAGAGUUCAAAAUCCGACUCUCUUAAAAUUCUCGUGUCUUUAAACUUAAUUUCUGACUAAAAUAUUAAAAAUAUGACAAAUUUAUAUCAAUACAAUUUUGUAGAAAAUUAAAUUUCCUACAAAAAAGUAUUGAUUGACUUUUUUCGUAAA